AAAAGUGUAGACCAAUCGCAAGACGCGUACCCGCUUGUCUCUGUAACUGACAGCAGUCUCGGCCAAUUAGAAUCACCGCUCUACACGCCCACAGCUUAGACCCGCCCACACGCCAGACCUGCAGCAGAGAGAAGAUUCUCUGUCUCCUACCGAAAGGGAUUGAUUUCCUAAACAAACACGUUUUCUUCACAUGGUGCCACCGCGUCACCGUUAUCAGAUGAGAAAGCGGAAGCCACUCUAUAUCAGUGGCUGUGUUUAUUAGUUAUUACUGCUCAUAAGAGCGCCUGCUCCGUCAGGUCUGAUCAUGUCUGAUUUCGAGGAGUUCGAGAAACAGCUGAACGAGAAUCGACAAGAGAGAGAACGGGAGAGGCAUAAAAGGAGGAGUCAUAGUAGCUCUGCUGGCCACAGUAAGAAGCAGCGCAGCUGGAGCAAAGACAGAAGCAGUCGCAGCAGAGGAAAGUGCAGCCGCAGUCGAGAGCGUAAGAGCAGAGACCACAGGAGCAGCUCUAGAGAUCAUAAGAAACACAGCUAUUCUCCACGUCGAACAAGAAAGAAAAAGAUGUGCAAGUAUUGGGAUGUUCCCCCUCCAGGCUUUGAGCACAUCACUCCAAUGCAGUACAAAGCCAUGCAAGCUGCUGGGCAGAUCCCCAGCAUUGCUCUGUUGGCUGCGUCCACUAAUGUUGGUUUGGCAGUCGCUCCCACACAAGUGCCCAUCGUUGGCAGUCAGAUGACCAGGCAAGCGCGUCGUCUGUAUGUUGGCAACAUCCCGUUCGGCGUCACUGAGGAGUCCAUGGCUGAAUUCUUCAAUACCCAAAUGAGACUUGCAGGGCUGUCUCAAGCUCCAAGCAGUCCUGUGCUCGCAGUGCAGAUCAACCAGGACAAGAACUUUGCUUUCUUAGAGUUUCGAUCAGUGGAUGAAACCACUCAGGCCAUGGCAUUUGAUGGCAUUAUCUUUCAAGGACAGUCGCUGAAGAUCAGACGUCCACAUGACUACCGCCCUCUGCCCGGCAUCUCUGAGCAGCCUGCUUUUCAUGUCCCAGGUGUCGUGUCCACAGUUGUACCAGACUCCCCUCAUAAACUCUUCAUUGGAGGUCUGCCAAAUUAUCUCAGUGAUGAUCAGGUUAAAGAGCUCCUGACGUCAUUUGGCCCUCUCAAAGCCUUCAACCUUGUGAAAGACAGUGCCACAUCACUGUCCAAAGGCUAUGCUUUCUGUGAAUAUGUGGAUAUCAGCGUCACUGACCAAGCGGUAGCUGGAUUACAUGGCAUGCAGCUGGGUGAUAAAAAGCUCAUCGUCCAACGGGCAAGUGUGGGAGCCAAGAACACCAAUCCUGCCGCUGUUGUAGAGACGACGGUCAUGCUUCAGGUGCCAGGGCUGCAGAGGGUGCAGAACUCAGGCCUGCCGACGGAGGUGCUGUGUCUGCUGAACAUGGUCAUGCCGGAGGAGCUGCUGGACGAUGAGGACUACGAGGAGAUCCUGGAGGACAUCCGGGAGGAGUGCUGCAAGUACGGCACCGUGCGCUCCAUCGAGAUCCCCAGGCCUGUGGAUGGUGUGGAGGUGCCAGGCUGCGGGAAGAUAUUCGUAGAGUACGUGUCUGCUGCAGAAUGCCAGAAGGCUAUGCAGGCACUGACAGGACGCAAGUUUGCUAACCGUGUGGUGGUCACGAAAUACUACGAUCCAGACAUGUAUCACAGGCAUGAGUUCUGAGGGAAGAUACUCUUCAUCUAAUGAGAAACAGAGAGAGCUGCCUGUGCCAUCGGAGUGUGAAGUUUCAAUAAGCUCUAUGAAAAUGUACACAUUGUCCUCUACUUCCACUUAUCAAUUUAUUUUCCAUAUUGAAAUACAAAGGAUUAGAUGUUACUAGCCACGUAGGAGAUAUUUUUAGAGAUCUAGUACAAUGAAACAGUGUCAAAUGAUUUCUUCCAUGUUAAGGGGUACAUGCAGUGAUUUACACUUUAAAAUAAUGAAAUUACAAAUAUGUAACAAGACUAACAGCAAUUUUUUGUUAAAGAAAGUGUUAAACUUGAUAAACUUUAACCCUACCCAUCUCCACCCCCCAAAUCCCAUUUCCACCCUAAACCUACCCAUCACAACCCCCCGGAUCCCAUUUCCAACCUAAACCUAUGCAUCUCCACAAUCUGUAUCGCAUUUCCACCCCUGAACCUGCCCAUCUCCACCCCCCGGAUCCCAUUUCCAACCUAAACCUAAACCUAUGCAUCUCCACAAUCUGUAUCGCAUUUCCACCCCUGAACCUGCCCAUCUCCACCCCCUGGAUCCCAUUUCCACCAUAACCCUACCCAUCUCCACCCCCCCGGAUCCCAUUUCCAACCUAAACCUAAACCUAUGCAUCUCCACAAUCUGUAUCGCAUUUCCACCCCUGAACCUGCCCAUCUCCACCCCCUGGAUCCCAUUUCCACCAUAACCCUACCCAUCUCCACCCCCCGGAUCCCAUUUCCAACCUAAACCUAAACCUAUGCAUCUCCACAAUCUGGAUCCCAUUUCCAACCUAAACCUAAACCUAUGCAUCUCCACCCCCUGGAUCCCAUUUCCACCCUAACCCUACCCAUCUCCUACCCCCGGAUCCCAUUUCCACCUUAGCCCUACCCAACUCCACCCACCAGAUCCAAUUUCCGCCCGAAUCCUACCCAUCACAACCCCCUGGAAACCCUUCCAACCCUAACCCUACCCAUCUCCACCCCCCGGAUCCCAUUUCCAACCUAAACCUAAACCUAUGCAUCUCCACAAUCUGGAUCGCAUUUCCACCCCUGAACCUACCUAUCUCCACCCCCGGAUCCCAUUUUUACCCUAAACUUAAACAUCUCCAGCCCCAGGUUCGAAUGGUUCCAGUUAUUCUUAUACAUAUUGUUGUUACAAAAAUGUACUUAUAUAAUUUUUGUUACACGAGUACUUAGUGAAGUGAAAAAAAAGUGUUGUUACCAAUUCCCUGUUACACAGGUAUUAGGGACACUAAAUAUAAAGUGGGACCCAGAAAUAUUACUUGACACCUGAAAACACCUUGUCAUGUUGUUAUUAGUUAGGAUAAAAAAAAUGUCAGAAUUUAAUGCUCAGAUUAGAUAUUGUUAUGUGUCCUUAUAAUAAUCUGAGCCAAAAUUCUAACCAGUGUUCGAAAUUUACGAUGAUAUUGAAGUGAACAACACUGAAAACAUCAUUCACAGAGACUUCUAUUUAACUCUGACACAUUACAUGCUUUUGAAAAUAGACAGUGACUGAGAUUCAUUAUGACGAAGCUUCUGCUUGAUACCAGUGACAGCCUAUUCAUGUUUUUAUGAGGAUCAUUCUCACCAAAUAUGUGCGUUGUAUUUCAUAAAGUAAAUAAAUUGUUUUUGCAUUGCA